CCUUCUGCACCCCCUUCUCCCAGCACCCAUCCCUCCGGACUGUCCCCUCCUCUAGAACCUCCACGUCCGGAUCUCUUCCCUUCGGACACCCACGGCCCUCUCCCUCCAGCACCCAUCGCGCUGGGUUACCCCCUACCUCGAGACCACCCUCCCGGGCUCACAUCCCGGGUAGCCGCUGCCCCCCGCACCUCUUUCCCCGCGUUACCUCCCUGCCGGACAGUACCCCUUUCCAUCCCCGGUGGCUCCUACCCCAGCCUCGCCGGGCUUCGUCCCCGCACCCAUCCCUCAGUGCUGCCCCUGUCAACGCCGCGCGCUCCCGGCCGCCCCCCAGCCUCUCGGGCCCCCCGCGCCGCCGCCCCGGGCGCCAUGGCGUGCAGCCUCAAGGAUGAGCUGCUCUGCUCCAUCUGCCUGAGCAUCUACCAGGACCCGGUGAGCCUGGGCUGCGAGCACUACUUCUGCCGCCGCUGCAUCACCGAGCACUGGGUGCGGCAGGAGGCGCAGGGCGCCCGCGACUGCCCCGAGUGCCGGCGCACGUUCGCCGAGCCCGCGCUCGCGCCCAGCCUCAAGCUGGCCAACAUCGUGGAGCGCUACAGCGCCUUCCCGCUGGACGCCAUCCUCAACGCGCGCCGCGCCGCGCGACCCUGCCAGGCGCACGACAAGGUCAAACUCUUCUGUCUCACGGACCGCGCGCUGCUCUGCUUCUUCUGCGACGAGCCCGCGCUGCACGAGCAGCACCAAGUCACCGGCAUCGACGAUGCCUUCGAGGAGCUGCAGAGGGAGCUGAAGGAGCAGCUUCAGGCCCUUCAGGACAGCGAGCGUGAGCACACGGAGGCACUGCAGCUGCUCAAACGCCAGGUGGCUGAGACCAAGUCUUCCACCAAGAGCCUGCGGACCACCAUCGGCGAGGCCUUCGAGAGGCUGCACCGGCUGCUGCGCGAGCGGCAGAAGGCCAUGCUGGAGGAGCUGGAGGCGGACACGGCGCGCACGCUGACCGACAUCGAGCAGAAAGUGCAGCGCUACAGCCAGCAGCUGCGCAAGGUGCAGGAGGGGGCGCAGAUCCUGCAGGAGCGGCUGGCUGAAACCGACCGGCACACCUUCCUAGCCGGGGUGGCCUCACUGUCUGAGAGGCUCAAGGGGAAGAGCCACGAGACCAACCUGACCUACGAAGACUUCCCAACCUCCAAGUACACGGGCCCCCUGCAGUACACCAUCUGGAAGUCCCUGUUCCAAGACAUCCAUCCAGUGCCAGCCGCCCUGACCCUGGACCCAGGCACUGCCCACCAACGUCUGAUCCUGUCUGAUGACUGCACCAUUGUGGCCUACGGCAACCUGCACCCCCAGCCGCUGCAGGACUCGCCAAAGCGCUUCGACGUGGAGGUGUCGGUGCUUGGCUCCGAGGCCUUCAGCGGUGGGGUGCACUACUGGGAGGUGGUGGUGGCGGAGAAGACUCAGUGGGUGAUCGGGCUGGCCCAUGAGGCCGCCAGCCGCAAGGGCAGCAUCCAGAUCCAGCCCAGCCGGGGCUUCUACUGCAUCGUCAUGCACGACGGCAACCAGUACAGCGCCUGCACAGAGCCGUGGACCCGGCUCAACGUCCGUGACAAGCUCGACAAGGUGGGCGUCUUCCUGGACUACGACCAGGGCCUGCUCACCUUCUACAACGCCGACGACAUGUCCUGGCUCUACACCUUCCGCGAAAAGUUCCCAGGCAAGCUCUGCUCCUACUUCAGCCCCGGCCAGAGUCACGCCAACGGCAAGAACGUGCAGCCGCUGCGGAUCAACACCAUCCGCAUCUAGUGUGGCCAGCACAAGCGCUGCCCACCUGGGGCUGUGGCCACCCACCAGCAAGAGCCCGGCCCAGGAGGCGAGAGGCCUGGGGUCUCUCCUGGCUUGGCCUCCCGGAGACACAAGCCAGUGCACCCGUCAGCCUCCGUGUCCCUAUCUGUACACUGGAGCGGGCACCCACAGUCCCUAACUAAGCUCGUUUCCAGCACUGAUGUUCCCUGUCUCCCUGACCUUGAUGGGGACCCAGUCUUUGGUCCAAGGAUGUGAAUUGUCAACCCCUGCCUGACCUUCAUCCCCUUCCUCUCGAGCCAGGGAGCUACCUCCUCCGUUUCCCUCCAGCCCAGGUGCCGUGGACUCAGGAUAUGCCAAGGUAUUGCCAGCAGGUGGCAGCUCUGCAGAGACACGCAACUUGUCUCUGCUCCCUGGCCUAUGACUUGCCCCUGGCCAGACGGAUGAUGGGCUUUUGGGCCUUUGAGUUCUGCCAACAGAACUCCGUUCUAGGACUUCCUGAGAACCGCCCUCCCGACAUCCCUCACCACACGCACCACAUGGUUCCUGCUUGCCCCACUGAUCUGCAGGUCACCGGUGCCACCGUGAGGGGGUGCUGACCUGCAGAAGGCGGCUCGUAGUUGGACACACAUGCAACAGUCGCCGUGCCACCUUCCUGCCCACAGACCUAAAGAUGGGCAAGGGCACCCCUCUCCCCACCCCACAGGCUGACACAGCCCAUUUCCCUAAGGGCACCUGCAGGAUGAGUACCACUGGGUGACCCGAGUCCCCAGAACCUGGAAACCAGAGUGCAGCCAGCCCUCAGCAGCGGGGCCUCUGUGCCCAGGCCAGCACGCAAGGAGGCUGCUGGGAGCAUUUGUUUGAGUGAGCCUGGGCCUGGCGAGUCCCCUCCUCAGACAGUAGGGCUCUGUUGCCGACAACAGGAGCCCCUUCAGCUAGCCUCAACAAAGGAUUCCUUUUCAGGUCCCCGGAGACUUAGCAAAUCAGUAGAAGGGCUGCAGGAGUCAGCUCUCUGGUGCAUUUCCAGGAACAACUCCCAGCCCCCCCCGACUCACGAAGCCUCUAUUGUGACCAGGACAGCUGCUCCCACCUGCAGGAAGCCACUGCCCCCCGGAAGCUGCCGGCUGCAGACCCGCUGCCUCUGCUGCUGUCCGUGCCAUGGCAGCAAAUGGAUGUCCCCAGACUGGCCUCUGCCUCCACUGAACUCUGUUCCCAGGGAUUCAGCAUGGGGAAACCUCAUUCAGAUCCCGAACCUUCACUGCAGGGAAGUCUGGGGAAUGUAGUAUCUCCCUUGCCAGGCUCCGCAGCACAAGACCCGAGCUAGAAGGGGGUCUGAGCAAGGGCGUCCUUGCCGUCCGCUGCAGCACCCAGCAUACAGAGUCCACCUCUCAGCGUGGACUUUGGGGCGGCAGACUCUCGGGUGUCCUGCCCUGGGGCUCUGUCCCUGCCCACGAUCAGGAACCUGCGGAAUUCAGGACCAAGCCAAAAUACCUCCUCAGCCUUGGCCUUUCUUUCUGGUCGUGGGGCCUGGGUUCUGCAUUUAAAGUCUCUGCCCAUGUCAACGCCGAGAGAAUCGCUGGCCCACCUCACUGCUGUCCCCUGGGGCCUCACCUGGGCAAGUGGAGCCCUCACCCCACCCCUUUAAGCUACCAUGUCUCUGGACCACUCCCAUGGAUUUUUUUUUUUUAAUUUAAAAUGUCACCCAUUUUGUGAGUUAAGAAUGAAUUUGUAUUAAAGUUACACGAUGCGUGGUCA